UGAAUUAAGAACUUCGGCCAGGCUUGCCUUGCCAUUCGAUUCAUUACUACCAACCUCGUUGGUAAGCUUCGUCUGCGAUCUCUUGCUUCCCUCUGACAUUCUCUCUCGCGCUCGCUACAAAAAGAAACUUUCGUCCUUCCUGUUAUGCCGGAAGAAAGGAUGGGAUACUUCAGAUUACUUUAUGAAACGGGCAUCGAGUUUAGUGAAGAAGACCUACUUGCUGCAAUUGUGCCGUUAAUGAAGCUUCUCUGCCUCGCAGUAAUUGGAUUGAUUCUUGCUCAUCCAAAGACAAAAAUCAUCCCAAAAGAAACAUUUAGCCUGCUUUGCAAACUUGUUUUUGCCUUGUUCUUGCCCUGCCUGAUUUUUACUGAACUAGGCCAAAGUAUUACGCUCGAAAGUUUGACUCAGUGGUGGUUUAUCCCGGUAAAUGUGCUACUCAGCACGGCUAUCGGCUGUGCUCUUGGGUAUUUAGUGGUUGCUCUAUGUCAUCCACCCCCUGAGUUUAAUAGAUUGACUCUUGUUAUGACAGCAUUUGGUAAUACAGGAAACCUCGCUCUUGCAGUUGUGGGGUCAGUUUGCCACACUGCAGAUAACCCUUUUGGACCAAAUUGUCACUCUAGUGGGGUGACUUACGUCUCACUUGCUCAAUGGGUUUCGGUGAUUCUGGCCUAUACCCUCGUUUAUCACAUGAUGAAACCUCCACCGGAGUGCAAUGUAGUUUUAGAUGAAGGCAUUGAAAUUGAAGAAGAACGAGCUGAUAAUGAUUUGGGCAGGCCUCUCCUUGCAGAAGCUGAAUGGCCAAGCAUUGAGGGCAAAGAAACAGAACAUUCCGUGACAUCCUUCAUCCCUAGAAUUCUCAAUAGCAUUUCAAUUACACCGCAGACCACUUCUACUGAUAUCGAAAGCUCAGGAGGCGGCGAUUGUACUGACAAUCCCAAGCCUAAUGAUAUCGAACUUGCAGGGGACAACAGGACUAACAGUCCCAAAUCCACAGAGUUCUUGGCUGGGCCGAGAGUACUGAGGAGGCUGAGCCAUCUUGCUGAGCAAACUCCAAUACAGCACAUCCUUCAACCCCCAACAAUUUCUUUUCUAGCAGCCAUCAUUAUUGGGCUAAUUCCACCACUGAAAUCACUCUUCUUUGACUAUAAUGCUCCAUUAUCAGUUGUCAAAGACAGUCUAGAAAUUCUAGCCCGUGCUACCGUGCCUUCUGUUAUGCUCAUUCUUGGGGGCUUGCUUGCAGAAUGCUCAAACACAUCUACACUAGGCCAUCGAACCACAAUCGGUAUAAUCACAGCAAGGCUCUUGGUCCUCCCCGUGUUGGGAAUUGGGAUGGUCUUGUUGGCUGAUAAACUGAAUUUUCUUGUUUCUGGGGAUCAAAUGUACAGAUUUGUGCUUCUGUUGCAAUACACUACCCCAAGUGCUAUUUUAUUGGGAGCACUAGCCAGCUUGGGAGGAUAUGCAAUUAGGAUUCAUGCCUUACUCCUGAUGAUGUCUGUUGAAAGCCUGAUGGAUAUUUUCUUGCGCCAUUGCUUAUCCUGUGCUCGUGUUCAAACAAAUUGACACUGAUUGUUUAUUUGUAAGUUUUCCUCCUCCCUUGCUGCUGUAUGAACUGUUCAGAUGAAUAAGAUUUGAGUAACUUUUGAAACAAA